AUAGUCUUGGUUAGGUCGGGCUCAGUCUAACCACGGAGCUCGAGCUGCCUGCGAUCGGCCCGGUCCGUAGGUACACGCCGCGGUCAGCCGAGCCCCCCCCCCCAAUUCUGGCGAAGGCAGCCGCGAAAAUUAGAAAGACAGAAAGCAGACUAGUAGUAGUCUUCCGGCAGUCUGCCGAACGGGGGGCAGGAGGGGAGGGGAUGGCGGUGGGGGGUGGUUUGUCAUCAAAGUGGAGGGCGGGGAAGCGGGUGGCGGAGAUGGGCUUCAACGCCGGCGGCGGCGCCGUCAACUGGUUCCCCGGCCACAUGGCCGCCGCCGCCCGCGCCAUCCGCCACCGCCUCAAGCUCGCCGACCUCGUCAUCGAAGUCCGCGACGCCCGCAUCCCAUUGUCAUCUGCGAAUGGCGAACUUCAAUGUUUGCUUGCAUCUAAGAGGCGUGUGAUUGCGCUAAACAAGAAGGAUCUGGCAAAUCCGAAUAUCAUGCAUCAUUGGAUUCGACACUUUGAAUCAUGUAAGCAAGAUUGCCUUUCAAUCAAUGCCCACAGCAGAAGCUCUGUUAGCCAGCUGCUUGCACUUGUGGAACUGAAAUUAAAGGAAGUGAUCUCAAGAGAACCAACUCUUCUUGUCAUGGUUGUUGGAGUUCCGAAUGUCGGGAAAUCUGCUCUCAUAAAUUCUAUCCAUCGGAUCGCUACAUCUCGUUUUCCUGUGCAGGAGAAGGUUAAGCGAGCUACAGUAGGGCCAUUGCCUGGUGUCACUCAGGAUAUUGCAGGAUAUAAGAUUGCGAAUCAGCCUAGCAUAUAUGUUCUGGAUACACCAGGUGUUUUGGUGCCUAGCAUCCCAGAUAUGGAAACCGGUCUAAAGCUUGCUUUGACAGGGGCUGUCAAAGACUCGGUAGUUGGUGAAGAGCGUCUUGCCCAAUAUUUGUUGGCUAUUCUAAAUAGCCGCAAAACACCUUUACAUUGGGAACGCUUGGUCAAUGUGCGAACUGAAAGAUCCGGACACGAGUCCCAUGACAGUAACGAACCUAUAUUUAGCAAUUCACUUCCGAGGAGGAGGAGACAAUUGGAUAACUCUGAUGUAUUAUAUAUUGAGGAUCUCGCGAAGGAGGUCCAGAAGACGUUGUACCUAACCUUUAAAGACUUCGAGGGCAACAAAGAGGAGGAGAGUGAACUAGAAAGUCUCAUUGACAUGCAGCUCAUGGCUCUUCGGAAAGCUUUUCGGAUACUGCACAAGGCAUCUGAUGAAGCUCGCACGAUGGUGUCGAAGAAGCUCUUGACUCUGUUUAGAAUCGGAAAGCUGGGCCCUUUCAUUCUCGACAGUAUCCCAAAUUCUCCGUAAACAAUCUAUGUAAGCAUUAGUGUAAUAUCUGUAUUGGUCUGGCGACAUUUCUUUUGUCUUAAUACGUUCUUGCGAACAAAAAAUAAUAGAAAAUAGAACAAAAGAAAACGAAUCUUACAAGCUAGUAAUAACUGUAGUAUAUUUCGGUUGAUGGAUGUAAUGUGUAAUACUAUAUUAUCCUGCCAUCAAUGUGCAGUUUUGAUCAUUCGAAAUUGGAGAUACAAUUUGAGUUUGUUUUC